GGGAAGCAACCUGCAGGAUCUAAUUGGAUUUUUUUUACUGAAAAAGGACAUGGUAGAAUUCCCACAAGUCCUUUGAAUCUCUGAAAACCCUAGAUUCAUGGCACUCGUUGUCUGCAGGGUCUCUCCGCAGUUCGUAUCUCUUCAUUUGAUCCCUAAUCCUUCUCCACUGCAAGCCAAUUCCAGUCCCCAAAACUGCUUGCAGGCUACAGUGCAAUGAUGGCUUCGCUUAGUCACCAUCCCGCAUAUCUUCUCUCUUCAUUUACUGGCCGAUAUCCCCAAAAGUGCCUUUUCGGGAACCCAUAUGUUCGGUUUGAGCAAAGAUGCGUUACCAAGACUCUCGUGGCUUCUCGGCCCAUUUCAGCCCCACCCACCUCCUUCAAUAAGUUGAUUGAAUCGUUGAUUAGCCGCGUGGAUUUGACAGAGUCGGAGGCGGAAGCGUCUCUUGAUUUUCUGUUGAGUGAAGCCAAUGAAGCGCUCAUUAGUGCUUUCCUUGUUCUCUUGAGAGCCAAAGGCGAGACGUAUGAGGAAGUUGUAGGCUUAGCGAGGGCGAUGAUCAAGUGUUCUAGGAAGGUGGAGGGGUUGAAAGACGCAGUGGACAUAGUGGGUACAGGUGGAGAUGGGGCGAACACGGUGAACAUUUCUACGGGCGCAUCAAUACUUGCGGCGGCUUGUGGAGCCAAUGUUGCAAAGCAAGGAAACAGGUCGAGCUCUUCUGCGUGUGGCAGUGCUGAUGUGUUGGAAGCACUGGGGAUUGCCAUUGAAUUAGACCCGCAGGGGGUAACAAGGUGUGUGAAUGAAGCAGGAAUUGGGUUUAUGAUGGCUCCAAUCUACCAUCCAGCAAUGAAGAUUGUCGGUCCUGUGAGGAAAAAGCUGAAAGUGAAAACUAUUUUCAAUAUACUAGGCCCUAUGUUGAAUCCAGCCAGAGUUCCUUUUGCUGUUGUUGGGGUAUUCACAGAAGACCUAGUUUUGAAAAUGGCUAAGGCACUUCAACGUUUUGGAAUGAAAAGAGCAUUGGUGGUUCACUCAGAGGGCUUGGAUGAAAUGAGCCCCCUUGGACCUGGACUUGUCCUUGACGUUACUCCAGAAAAGAUUGAGAAGUUUUCAUUUGACCCAUUGGAGUUUGGUAUUCCUCGCUGUACUCUGGAUGACUUGCGAGGUGGAGGGCCGGACUAUAAUGCUGAGGUACUAAAGCGUGUACUAUCAGGAGAGAAAGGGUCGAUCGCAGAUGCAUUUGUCCUAAAUGCAGCAGCGGCACUCUUAGUCAGCGGCCGUGUGAACACCCUGGCUGAUGGAGUAUCCCUGGCUCGUGAAACACAGCAAUCUGGCAAAGCCAUCAAAACACUUGAUUUGUGGAUAGAGAUCUCCAAUAAGGCGAAAGCAGCACCAUCCAGCCCUUAAAAGAUACCGGUGCGGGAAAUUUUCACUUGGAAGAGGUUCCUACACCCUUGGAGAUAACAAAGCAAUGCAAAGGUCAUGAGGGCUCCUCUCCAUUGCACUUUUGGUGUAGAAAGUAGUUGUCAAGGAUUGGUUUUGAAAUAAAAGUUUGUAACUCUCAGUUAUUGGAUUGUUCAAGAGUUGUACCAUCAACUGUUUUUUCUUAUUGAUUAAAUUUAAGGGUAAUGAGAUAAAAUGGAAGGAAUGCAAUUUACUUAUG